AUGGCUAAUAUUUCACCUGAAGUCCGUAAUUAUUUCAAACUAGAUCUUCUACUACGACGUUUACCAGAUCCAGUUCGUGAACUGUUUAAAAAUCGCUAUUCGCAAUAUAACGGAGGUCAAUUAUGGGAUAGUACAUCCGUGUGUGGAACAAGUUUUUUUGACAAUGUCAUCAAAAAAAGUAAAGACAUAAGCUUAACGAAAACACAAAAAGCAUCGGUGAUGACUGGAAAUCUAAAUGAAUGGGAUUUAAGUACAUUGACAAACAUUUUGUUAUAUGCUAAAAGUCCAGCAACAUUGAGUCCAAAUGAAAUUCAACAACGCGAUCAGGAAAAUCAAAUUUUGACACAAUUGAAAGACAUUCGAAAUGAAGCGGCACAUCGUGCAUCAAAGUCGUUCUCUGAUACUGAAUUCAACCAAAUGUGGACUGAUUUAACAAGAAUUCUAGUUGCAUUUGGCGGUGACGAUACUGAAUUAGAUAAACUUAAAGAUGAUAGCAUUUUCGAACCACCAACGGAAGACAUUAAUGAAAUCAAUGUCGAAGAAGCGAAGCGUUUGAAUUCUCUAGGCACUCAAGCUCAUAAGAAUGGCCAAUUUUCUGAAGCAAUUACCUACUUUACGAAAGCGAUAGUCUUACCUGCUGUUGCCACUCGUGAUCGUGCUUGCUUCUUUUCUAACAUGGCUGGGAGUCGUCUCGGAUUGUAUGAUCAACAGGCAGGUAGUACUAAAAGAUAUGACAUUGAUGGUCCGACAGAUGAACGGUAUCGUGCAUUACAAGAUGCGAAAAAAGCUCGAAGCUUGUGGCCUUCGUGGUGGAAAGGACAUUUUCGUGUGGGAAAAGUUUAUGUCGCUCUGAAUGAACAGGAAAGAGCGAUCAAUUCAUUUGAACGAGCAUCGGCUCUUGAACCUACAAAUGACGACGUAAAAAAAGCUUUGAAUGAAAGUCGUUUUACACUGGAUCAACAACAACGGCAAGCACAUCUCGAUGCUGACUACAGACCGAAAUCAAUAUUCGACCAACUACGUGAAAAACAACAAAAACUUGGUUUGAAUCCGGAAGAAGUACACAAUGCUUACAGGUUAUUUCAAAAGAAGAAUCCGUCCUUAUCUGACGUCGAAAACGGAUACAGAUACGAGCACGGAGAUGAUGAUGUUAAACAAAAUUAUGAACAAGCCGCUCGCUAUUUCGCAAAAGCAGCAGGUCAAGGCAAUCCUGAGGGGAUGUACAACUUAGCGCGGUUAACGGAUCGCGGCCUAGGUGUAAAGAAAGAUCAUACGCUCGCCCAAAAUCUUUAUGAACAAGCAGCUGCAAAACCGCCAUAUCUAUCAGAGCUAUACAACGUCCGGAAUAAUGGAGUAGCAGAAGCUGAACACGCUUUAGGUCUUCGAUAUGUUGAAGGCAUUGUCGUUAGUAAGAACCAAGCAGUUGGAUCAUGUUGGUUUAAACGUGCCUUCGACCAUGGGCAUGUUCAAUCCGGUAAUAAUUUAGCUUCAUUGUAUGAAAAUGGCAGUGGUGUCAUAUUGGAUCUCGACAAAGCUGAACAUAUAUAUGAGCAGGCCGCUCAACAAGGUGAUUCCAAUGCUAUGUAUAAUUUAGCAAUUUUGUUUACCCGCAGAGUUAAAUUUGAAAGGGCAAAGAUAUGGUACAACCGAGCGCGUGAUGCAGGCCACAUCGUUGCUCAAGCCGAUCGUGGAUUUGAAGCAGACUUAGAAGCAAAACAAAGUAUCUACAAUCAAAUUUCGCCAGAUAUGUUGCAGAUAACGGAUAAGAUAUUCGAACUGUUCAGUUCAAUAAAGAACACUACAUCCUCCUCGACAGAAUCGGAUGAAUCAAAUCCCUACGAAUACCAUACCUUAUUAAAACAUGCUAAUCGUGGUUCGAAAACAGCAAGAAUCAUGUGUGAUGCUCAGGAACAUUUUAUAGACGCAAUCUAUCCAUUUAUGGUGAAGAAUUCAUUCACAGAAGACGAAGAGAAUUUUAUUAUACACAACCUUGCACAGUCUUAUCGUCUUGAGUAUAUAGUUGCUGCCUCGUAUCCAAGUUUAGAUAUACAUGAUAAGGUUGUAGAUCUUGUAGACCGCGUUCUUCGCCGAUGUGGUUCGUCUGUCUCACAACUUGACGAAGAUGCUCGAACAUGUUAUGGAAGUAUACAUUCGGAUGCGCAUACAUUAGUUAAUACAUUUCUUGGUCCAUGCAAACAAAAGUAUCCGAAAUCAUUUUAUUUUUUUGAAUUAAGCGCCGCAAAACAUGGUUCUUUAAGAGAAUAUGACAAUGCAUUGUAUAAUGCUAAUCUUGGGUUGGAAAUAGAUCCACAUCAUUGUGGUUUACUGUAUGAUAGAGCUGGUGCAUUACGUCUACUACGCAACGAUAUGGACGAAGCAAUCCAAGCAUAUCGCACAUUUCUUGCGACUGCACCACAGGAUCAUCGAAAAGUCCCUGAUGCUUAUUAUGCCAUGGCUAUGUGCUAUAUCGAGGUAGAACAUAGUCUAAAUCUAGAAAAAGCUACGGAAAUGUACAAAAAAGGUGAAGAAGCAGAGAAACUGCAAUUACCAUGCUUUUUACCUUAUGAUCCAAGUAUUAAAGAUCUCGUCAAACAUCAGCUUGAAUUGUUUUCUACAAUCAAAACAAAGCUGCCCAAUCAUCGUGCUGAAAACGAAGCACGAUUGGAAAAUCCAGGUCGUAUUGAAAUUAUAGUUGAACAGCGUCGAUGGCAAAAUCAUUUGUUACAAUCGAAAGGCAAAGACGUUAUUGCUUCGGGAAAUAUCACACAGGGAGGCCGGUUUUCUCAACGAACAGCUAGUUCAUUGAUUGGGUUAAUGCCGAUUACAUUUCGAGAAAUGAAUCAAACAGAGGAUCAUGUCUACCAACGAUAUGUAUUGUCGGUAACUGUUAUUGGAGAAGCAUAUGGAUGGGCACCGUCAAUUCACUUGGUGACAGAAGAUGAGCAUCGCGAUUGCAAGAAAAUCUGCAUUUACGGCUUUCCUGAAGAUCAAGGAGAAUAUUUGAUUAAAAAAGUAUUUCGAAUUGGAAGUAAAAUGAAUAUUCUCAACCCAUAUCUACGAAUAGGUGCGAGUGAUAAGAAGCCCAUAAUUCGUGUGGAUGAAUAUGCAUCAAUUAUGAUGCAAAGUGAAGAUGGAUAUGUAGUUAAUAUGUGUCGAUGUUGUGGACAAGCGAAUGCAUCACACAAUUGCGGCAAAUGUAAACGAGCACGCUAUUGUUCAAAAGAAUGUCAACGUAUAGAUUGGGAAUUAUAUGAACACAAACUGAUUUGUAUACGAGAAUGA